AUGGACGCUCCCGCCAAUGAGGAGGAACAAGCCGCGAAGCAAAAUUCUACAAGCACCAUGUCUACAUCCCCGAAAGUACCGGUCCUGAUCGGAGUCGGUGAUUUCACCAACCACUCCACCCGUAUCGAAGAUGCAAAGGAGCCAAUGCAGUUGAUGUUGGACGCCAUCUACAACGCCCUGCGCGAUACAGGAUUACCCACCGAUCGCUGGCGCCAGCUGCAACAACAAAUCGAUAGCGUGGAUGUAGUGGCGACCUGGUCCUGGCCCUACAGCGACUUGCCGGGCUUGAUUGGAGAGAAGUUGGGCGCUCAAUUGAAACAUAAACGAUUGAGUGAACAUGGGGGCAACUCGCCCGGACUGAUGCUUCACCAAUCGGCCGCGCGGAUUGCCGACGGAACCUGCAAUGUUGCUCUUGUUACCGGAGGAGAAGCGCUGGGGUCUUUGGUUGCCCUCCAUCGCGCAGGCAUCAAGGACCCCACGGGCUGGACUCGUCGCCCUGAAGGAGAAAGCUCUUUGCUAGAGAAGAUGAUGACGGGCAGUGUUACGGCCGAGUCGGUGGGAUCCAAACAUGGCGUCAACCAGGCCAUUCACGUCUAUCCCUUGUACGAGAAUGCACUGCGCGCUCACCGCAGACAAACAUACGAGGAGAAUCUGCUUGAAUCCGCCAAGCUGUAUGCUUCCUUUUCGGAGACGGCAUCGAAGAAUCCCGCGGCGUGGAAACUACGGCAAACCGCCUACAUCAGCCGAGGUCCUCCAGCAGGCAAUCCCCUUUUAAUGAAUGCGUUCAAUAACGUGAACAUGGCGUCGGCCUGUCUCUUGACUAGUGAGGCAAUGGCAGCUCAACUGGGCAUUCCGCAGGAUCGCUGGGUGUAUCCAGUUGGGGGUGCGGGGUUUGAGGAACAUAAUGAUUUCUGGAUGCGACCGAGUUACCAUGCAUGCCCUUCCGUGGAGAAGGCUAUUGACACUGCACUCGACUUGGCAGGGAUGAGGAAGGAUGAGUUGGAUGUGCUCGACGUCUACUCCUGUUUUCCUAUUGUCCCGAAACUGGUGUGCCAGCAUCUGGGCAUUUCGAUUACCAACCCUCCCAAGCCCAUCACACUGCUCGGGGGCUUAACUUCCUUCGGCGGAGCUGGGAAUAAUUAUUCAGGCAAUCGAGCGCACAUAUUGAAGGCAUUGGUGGCGAUGACUCGGGAAUUGCGCAAUUCCAACAAGAAAAACGGCCUCGUCGUUGCCAACGGCGGUUUCCUGACUCAUGAGCAUGCCAUCAUCUUAUCGAGCUCGGCGCCGCGAAAAUUCGGAUUACCUCUGGAGCAGGCCCACCACGACGUCUCAGCCGUUGGGGUGCCUCGUUUUACGGAGCACGCGGAAGGUGACGCAGUUAUUGAGACAUAUACUGUCGAAUUCAAUCGGAAGGGCCAUCCAGCCCGCGGAUGUAUUGUCGGCCGGCUCUUGAAAGACCAGCAGCGGUUUCUGGCGAACCACGGCGAUGAGACCACGCUGACCCAGUUGGCCAGCACCACAGUUGAGCCGAUCGGGCGCAAGGGGAGGGUGUCUCGAGGGUCGGAUGGGAGGAACUUGUUCACCUUUCAUCCCAAUUCUCAUCUCUAG